CUCAACUCCAAUCGUCGACACCACAGGGGCUCGGCGCCCCACGUGCUACUGCCACCUGCUGCAGUGAGUGCCGCUCGAGCCACCGACCGCGCCGGUGCGCGCACGUCCGUAGCGGUCGCCACCGGGCCGGGGCGAGCUCGCGCCCGAAGCGCAUGGAAGAGUUGCAACGUCACUUGAGGGAGGCCAGCGGAUCGUUGGAGAAGGUCCAGUCGACUCAGGCCAAGCACAGUCUCGUUCUGGAAGAACUGCAUUCCUUGAUUCUGGACUUGAAAGCUCUCGCCGAGUCGAAGCAGAAUGGACACUUCAUGGAGAUUCCCAUUCCCAAAGAUCCGCCACUUCUCCCGGGCCUCCUGGAUGAGCCGCUGGGGCCGGCGGUGCAGAAGAAUCCAAAGGGUAAGAGGCGGACCGCUGCCACUUUAUCCAAGGUCUCGGAGGAGCUCACGGAGCUGGGCGAGGGCCGGUGCGCAGCGUCUGCACGGCCCAAGGUCGAGGUCGAGUCCCGUGUGAUCCAGCGGAACCGCAACCCUCACGCCUCCACCUUGCUGGGGCUUUUCACAUCGCCCCGUUCCAGGACGCCCACAGUGAGCAUGGAUGAUCUGGAAGCGCAAACAGCGCGAGACCUCCUCUCCAGCCACACACGCGAGCUGCCCACCGUGCCCGUCUUUCACGAGGAGAACGAGGAUGUCAAUGACACCAGUGAGCCGAUCUUGAAUUUCGACAGCCAGGAUCCGGUGCAUUUCCGAGGUGUUGUGGCAGGCUCCUGCGCUUCGCAGGGCCUAGGUCAGCUGCAGAAAAGUCAAUCAGCGGUGGAGUUCAGCAAUGCCAAUGGCGUGGAUGCCCAGCCACCAAAGGUGAAGACGAUGAGCCGCAUGGGCAGCAUGGAGCGGCAGGAGAUCUUAGGAGACAAUCCGAGGCAUUUGGAUUUGGAUGAGCUCCAGGACAAGCAUGAUGCCAAAGCGCGCUCGCUGGCCAACUCCAACACGGCGUCCAAGGGCUUUGCGGAGACCCACUCCACCGCGCUGGACUUCUAUAGCCCGAUGCCCUGCACCGCACGAGUGUUCUUGCACCUCAUGGGUAUCCUGAGCCCGCAAACCUGGCCCUUCGUCCUCCUACGCAUCUGGAUCUUCAGUCUUCUGGUGGGUGUGGGCGCAUUGAUUGGCCUGAUCAUUUGGCAAAGCAGUGGGAAAGAGUUCUACGAUACCAUCACAACAAUCACCACCACGUGCUACCUGCUUGGGGUGAUGUCCGGGGCUUGGAGCCUUCGAAGAGUGAAGAUCCAGGAGCUCCUGGGAUCCAACAUUGGAAGCUUGGAACUGUAUGCGCACCAGCAUGGCUUUCUGGCAGAGUGGCAUUUCAUGUCCUCCAAGCGACUACUUGAGACCUCGGGAUUCCUCAUGCUCAUGCUGGCCACUCGCUGGCUGGUUCAUUUCGAUUUGUUUGAGCAGCAGGAGGAGCCGUUCGAGCGCACGUGCGGCUUUUGCUUCGCUGCCGUGGGCAUGGCGGCCUUGGCCUACUUGCAGCUCCACCUGGUGGCAGGAUUGGACUUGGCCAUCGAUAGCUUCACGGUGAACUUCUUCCGCAACAUGGACCUGGGUAUCGCUUCAGCGGAGUGGAACGUGGUUCAGGUCACCCUGAGACAAGUCUCCACCAAGCUGGGCGCUUCACUGCUUCUGUUGGGUUCCUCCUGCUUGGUCUCCCUGCUCUUGCUGGUGGAGAUCGCUUUUUUCCGCCCUGAAGAGCAACGAGGGGAGCUCACCAAUGUACAACUGAUCCUUUUCAUCGCUUGGUUGGUUCCUCCGCUACUCCUUUUUUUGUACGUCCUCAUGCGUGCGGCCAACAUCACUGAGAAGGCGAUGCGAGUGGCGCCCUUGGUCAACUCCUGGAGCUUCAAACGUGGCGAGGGCUCGUCCGGGUGGAUGGACGUUGGACGUCAGUACAUGGUUCAGUACAUUCGACAGAGUGAAGCAGGCUUCUACUUCCAAGGCAGAAGGCUCUACAUAUUCCAAAUCACCAAGCUGUGCUAUUACUUGGGCGCCUUUUCCAUGGCGCCUCGGCCGGGACUUCGCGGUCCCUCCGGUCCGGGUGGAGCGGUCCUCUCAAGCAUCAGCUGAGACAGAGCUGCAAUCCGUCGCGGGACGGCUCAGAGACCACAGAGGCGAUCAGAAAACUGUUGCCCUCGCGGUCUGUCGACGACGGUCUUCUGCUCCGGUCGUCAAUGACGUGGUUUUGGGGGGCCGAAAGCGGCCCAAUUUAUGUUUUUUCGGGAGAUCCCGAGUUCUGCAAGUGGCAGUCUUGGAAGUUUCGUCGCCAUCCGUCAACUCUGCCAAGAUGGCAUGGGCCAAGC